CAAACACUUCCUGUCUCCUUUGCACAGCUAAAGAUCUACAAAAAGUAAACUGCGUUAGAAGGACUAUGAGGACCGUGUUGGUUUUAUGCUUUUGCCAGAUAUUUGCAGGCUUUUUGUGUGCAGACAACAAAAAGCCCCCCAACUUUGUCCUGAUGAUGGUGGACGAUCUAGGCAUUGGUGAUUUAGGGUGUUAUGGAAAUACUACUUUAAGAACUCCUAACAUUGACAGACUCGCCCAGGAGGGAGUGAAGCUGACGCAGCACAUCGCUGCGGCUCCCCUGUGCACUCCCAGCAGAGCUGCCUUCCUGACAGGGAGAUACCCAAUUAGAUCAGGUAUGGUGAGCUAUGGCAAAGUAGGAGUGUACAUAGUAGCUGCUGCUUCAGGAGGUCUUCCAACACAGGAGGUAACAUUUGCUGAACUUGCCAAACAAAAAGGCUAUUCCACAGCACUCAUAGGAAAGUGGCACUUGGGGUUGAACUGUGAAAAGAACAAUGACUAUUGCCACCAUCCAAACAAUCAUGGCUUUGACUAUUUUUAUGGCAUUACGAUGACCAAUCUGAGAGACUGCCAGCCCGGCCAUGGCACUGUGUUCUCCAACCUGUUUGCCCACAUACCCUUUAAAAGCAUCGGAACGACUGUAAUUACUAUGCUGGUGUUGCAUGCUUUUGGGUGUCUCAACCUGUCCAGGAAGAUAGUUUUGAGCUUUGCUGUCCUCGUUGCUCUAAUUCUGGUACUCUUUGCUAUUUUCAUUUUUACUUUUCCGUAUUUCAACUGUUUCCUCAUGAGGAAUCAUAAGAUUGUUGAGCAGCCAUUUUCUUCUGUGGAUCUAACACAGAGGAUGACUUAUGAAGCAGUACAGUUUAUACAAAGGAACACAGAGCAGCCCUUCAUACUUUUAUUUUCCUUUGUUCAAGUCCAUACUGCACUCUUUGCAUCUGAGAAGUUCAGGGGGUCAAGCCAGCAUGGCAUUUAUGGAGAUGCAGUGCAAGAGGUGGACUGGAGUGUAGGUCAUAUAAUGAAUGUUUUGGACAGGCUUAAUAUGAGCCAGAAUACACUUGUGUACCUCACUUCGGACCAGGGUGCCCAUCUAGAAGAAAUAUCAAUCAGAGGUGAGGUACAUAGAGGAUGGAAUGGCAUAUACAAAGCUGGAAAAUCAACUAACUGGGAAGGAGGUAUCCGUGUCCCUGGGAUUAUUAAGUGGAGUGGAGUGCUGCCUGCGGGAACACAAAUUGAUGAACCCACAAGCAACAUGGAUAUUUUCCCUACCAUUGUCACUCUUGCAGAGUUAAAAAUGCCAGAUGACAGAGUAAUAGAUGGACAUGACCUGAUGCCUCUGCUGCAAGGUCAAGUUCAGCAGUCUGACCAUGAAUUUCUCUUCCAUUACUGCAAUGCAUAUUUAAGUGCAGUGCGGUGGCACCCUAGAAACAGCAGUGCUGUCUGGAAAGCCUUUUUCUUCACUCCGGAUUUCUAUCCGGAAAAUUCAACUGGUUGUUUCCAUACACAUGCAUGCUUUUGCACUGAGGCUUACGUGACGUAUCACGAUCCCCCACUGCUUUUUGAGCUUUCCCAAGACCCAUCCGAGCGUCGGCCUCUGACGCCGGAAACGGAGCCCAGUUUCCACGCAGUCCUGGGUGUCGUGCGGGAUGCCGUGGCUCAGCACACCAGUUCGCUGGAGCGUGCCCCAAGCCAGCUGUCUCCCAGCCACGCCAUGUGGAAGCCCUGGCUGCAGCCAUGCUGCUCCUCACUGCUUGAGCUGUGCGCGUGCGAGGAGGACCACGCGCUGCAGGAGGGCAGAGUGUGAAUGACGAGGGCAGCUCCCUGGGCGAAUCCAAGGGGUGGGCCACAUCUUUGUCUCCAAACACUGAGUAAAGUCAUCUCCAUGUUGUUCAAAAUGCAAUUGCAGUGUUCACAAAACAGUUCUCAGGGAUUUCUUAAACUGUGUGUACAGUACAGUAUUUAACAUUAAAGAGCAUUUCUUGUGGCGGCACUAGGAUAUAGUUAGCCUCACAGUUCAUGGUUCCUAGGUUCAGUUUUGGAUGAAGAUGCUUUUUUGCAUGGACUUUUCUUCUUUCCUUCAGGUGUAUGUGGAUUUUCUGUAGGUGUCUUUGAAGACUGCCUUUGUGUGCCCAGUGGGAGCCUUGCAUUUCAUGUAGGACGUAACCCGCCUUGGUGCCUUAGUUUCUGGGAUUGGCUCUGGAUUGCUGUAACCCUUCCAAGCUGGAUAAAUGGAUGAAUUUGUAUGGAUAUAUUGCAGUUACUGAUAUAUUAGCAAUGUGUUGUAUUGUGUAUAGCGACAGUACUAAUUCUAAUCAUAAAGUGUCCUAGAAUUAAAUUGAUUUUCAAUUAAAAUUCUAGGACUUCUCAAUAUUGAGAAAUUCAAUUAUCAGUCUGCAGAUUAAACUACAGUAUGUAGUAUAACUGCUACAUACAGUAGUUGUAUUUUCUCAUUGAGUAAAGACUGUCUAGUAAAAUGGAUUGCAAACAAUAGUUUAACCAUAGUAACCUGGAACUUAAACUUGGGGUGACUUGAGGAUGGCCAUGAUGACAUUUUAACCAUGUUCUUUCUGCAUUGCAAUUGUUGUUUUUCUCCUUCAAUGUCACACUUCUAAAAUAAAAUCAGCAAAAUGCUGUGAAAAAAUAA